GCUGAACCAAAAUGAGCGUUAUCUCUUGUUGGUUACUCCAACUUGUUCUGGUUUUGCAACUACAAGUACUUGUCGUUUUAUCUCAAAACAUCAUCAUCGGAUCGGUUCCUGUCGGAGAGUCUCUGACCGCUCAAGAGUCCCAACAAUUCUCCAGUUCAUGGCUUUCCCCUUCUGGUGAAUUUGCUUUUGGGUUCCGCAAGAUUAAACCAAACGAUGGCUUCACUGUCUCCAUAUGGUUCGACAAGAUUCCUGACAAGACUAUUGUGUGGCAUGCACAAACCGUCAACACAAGCACCGGUCUAGUCCCUGAUGGUUCCAAGGUUACAUUAACCGCAGAUCGCGGUCUUGUCCUUACUGGCCCUGGAGGUCAGGAGCUCUGGAGUUCUUCACUUCCUCAGACAAGGAGCUCUGUUUCUCGAGGGUUCAUAACAGACGCCGGAGAUUUCGGUCUGUUAGGCGAAGACUCUGGUGUGGUUUUAUGGUCUAGCUUCGCUAAUCCCACAGACACUCUGUUACCUACUCAAAGUAUUGAAGUUAGAGGGAAUCUAUCAUCUCGUCGGAAAGAGACUAGCUUCCAGAAAGGAAGAUUCAGGCUACGUUUAGGUGACGAUGGAGAUCUUCAGCUUCUUACUCUCAACAGCGAGACGCUCGCAGAAACAGAUGUAUACUUUCCGUACUACUCAAGUAACACCAACGAUCCUCACAAUCCCGGGAAUAGAUUGGUUUUCAACGAGACAGGCUACAUGUAUGUAGUAAUGAUAGACAAUACAACGAGAUUCUAUGUCAACAAGAAAGAUCCAGUACCGUCCAAAGACUUUUAUCACCGUGCAGUUCUACAUUUCGACGGGGUUUUGGCUCAGUACUAUCAUCCCAAGAGGCAUGGGGUUGAUAAUAGUACUAAUGCAUGGUCUCUGGCUUGGUCUGAACCGGAGAAUAUAUGUGCAAAGAGAUUUGGACCGUAUCUUGAUGCUAAUGAGCUUGGGAAUCUAGCUUGUGGGUUUAAUAAUAUAUGUAUUUUAGGAGAUAACCAUAGGCCAAGAUGUGAAUGCCCCGAGAGGUUUUUGUUGGUGGAUCCAAAUGACGAGUAUGGUGAUUGUAAACCUGAUUUUGAGAUGCAAACUUGUGGACCGAAGAAUAACCAAACCGGAACCGCGGACCAGGAUGCUAGUCUUUACGAAUUUGUGACUUUGAGAAUGACAAAUUGGCCGUCAGGGGAUUACAAGAGGUACUCAAACUAUGAUGAAGAAAGGUGUAAAGAAACUUGUCUCAAGGACUGUUUUUGUGGAGCAGUGGUUCUUGGAAGAGAUAGGUUAUGUUGGAAGAAGAAGUUUCCAUUGUCUUAUGGCAUUAGAGAUGAGAAUGGUGACAGCGAUACAUUCAUUAAGGUUCUUAAACGGGUACCAAGUACUGGUAAACUUGGAUCAGGAUCUUGAUAUUCUAGAACUUCAGGAUUUGUUGUCCAAUCUAUAAUUCUAAUUUUUAAAAGUUACAUGUUUAUCUAUGUAAUGGAAGGCGAGAAUUUUAAAGAGAACAUCAUCAUGACAAGUUUGAACAUGAAUUUUUUCAAAGAACACAUCAGAGUAUUCUUAGCACGAGAUGGUAUUUAAAUCGAU